CUAACCAAACUUUUCCCACACAUUCCCCAACCGUACCUCACUCUUUUUUAUCUCCUUGAAGAGGAGCAAGGAGCUCUCCUGAACUGGCUGUGAAGUUCUCCAGGUCCCAUUCUAUUUCUUCCAUUUCCUUUUGUUUGGUUGCUUAGAAAAUAGGGAAUAUUAGCCACGAAAAUUCACACACAAAAUUCUUCUUCUAAUCAAUGAAUGAAAAAUAGAAACUCUAAUUUCAAUUCUAAAAGCCCAGUGAAAGGCCCUGCUUGGUUUAAAGUUUAAAUCUUUCUCUCUCUCCUUGCCUCGUAUAUGUCUGAAGUAUAGAAACCUUUUAGUUUCAUGUUUCUGUUAAGUUAAUACAUUCUUGCUUUAGUCUCUGUCUUCUGCUUUUCAUUAUUGUUAGAAGCCAAGUUAUUGGUACACUCAGAACUAGGAGAGUGGUAGAGAAUUCAAUAGAGAAAUUUCAAUGCUGGUGAUGAAAUUUAAAGUCUAGGCUUUUAAUUCUUGCUUUGGUCAUAGUGUUUAUAGGAGCAUUUUUAAUGGGUUUAUGGUGGAAUUAGAAUUUGGUUUUGUUAUAAGGUGGGUGGUAAGAGUUUUUGGCAAGAUAAUGUUGUUGUUGGUAUAGAAAUUUGUAGCUUUAUUUUUUGGGGGUUAUUUAAUUUUGUUCCAGGUUUAAGCAUGAUAUUGUAGCAUAGAGAAACCUACAUUUUUUUGACAUUGACAUUGCCAAAAAAUGAAGCUAAGCUUCAUACGUGGAUGUUUUCCUUCUAAUUUAUCAGUCUUUAUUAAACCCUCUAUAAGUACCAAUCUUCUUCGACCUGUUUGCUUUUCUUCAAUGUCAUCCCCACCCACUUCUUUGAAGCCUCAAAUUCCUCUCUUUCUAAGACCACCACUGCACUCAGCUUCUGUUUCUGACCUCCGAAAAUGGCAUGAUUGGGCCAAAAAUCUUGCUUCUUCAGUUGGGACAACCUUUCUAGACUCCGACAAUGGUCCAGACUUGGACCUAUUUUGCAGGGAGCUUAAGUGGCUCAUGGAAGAUGCAAUUGAGGAUCACACAGUGUUUUCCCAAAUGGGUAUUGAAAACAAUCAAACAAAUGUAAGAUUAAGGACAGGCAUAGAAGAGCUUUACAAUCUGUGGAAGCAGAGGAUUGAAGAGAGGAGGCCUUUUCAGUAUCUAGUUGGGUGUGAGCACUGGAGGGACUUGGUGUUGAGUGUCCAAGAUGGGGUUUUGAUUCCGAGACCUGAGACCGAACUCAUUGUUGACUUGGUGGCUGAUGUCGUUUCAAAUAAUGAAGGAUUAAGAGAGGGAUUGUGGGCAGAUUUAGGAACUGGAAGUGGUGCACUUGCUAUUGGAAUUGGGAGGAUUUUGGGGAGUUGUGGGAGGGUCAUUGCAACAGAUUUAAGCCCUGUCGCACUGUCUGUGGCAGCUUUUAAUGUGCAGAAGUAUGGUCUUCAGGAUGUAAUUGAAUUAAGGCAAGGAUCAUGGUUCAAACCAUUGAAGGAUGUGGAAGGAAAACUUGCAGGUAUUGUCAGUAAUCCACCGUACAUACCGAGUGACAAUAUCCCUGGGCUACAAGCUGAGGUUGGUAGACAUGAACCGAGACUUGCAUUAGAUGGUGGUCUAAAUGGCAUGGAUGAUCUUCUCCAUCUUUGCAAUGGGGCUGCUUUGAUGUUAAGACCUGGUGGAUUUUUCAUUUUUGAGACAAAUGGUGAGAAGCAGUGCAAGUGUCUUGCAAAGUACAUUGAAAAUGACAUUAGAGGGAACUUCCACAGUUUGGACAUAGUAUCUGAUUUUGCUGGCAUUCAAAGAUUUCUAACUGGAUUCCAUCAAUGACCAAUUCGAUUUGUGCAUGAUCUUGUAUAUCAGCCAUCAACUAGGAAACAAGGAGAGGAGGAAAGCAAUCUUGGAAGCUCUACCAUUGAUUUUCGGCUACUGUGUUUGAGGCUUUAUAUUUUGGGGAGGCGGUGGGGGGGGAGGGGGCAGGGGGUGGAAUUUUUUGUUGAAACUCUAUCGAGUGACCAAAAAAAGGAAAACAUAAAUGUUGUACCCUUGGGGCAUUGACUCGGGUGGUAUAGAGGUAGAUAAAUAUGCUUUGUUUAUUAGCAAUGUGAUAUCAAUACAAUAAUUGGAAGCAUAUCCUAUUGACUUCUACAUUUCCUGUC